AAUCAUCGUCUUCCCCAUUUGUUAGGGUUUCGCCACGUUGAAAUGCAGAGGACAUAGAACACAGAGAACAUUGCUCCCAUUUACUCCCAGAUGAAUUUAAGUUGGGGUAUUAGCAGAUUCCGGGAGUAAUUGGGACUUGUGUGUUCCUUGGAAGUAGAAUUAAAUCUGGGUUGUCUGAAAAUGGCCGGGAUUGGGAAUCCAUUAGUCAAGGUCUCAUCAUGUCCAACCAUGUCAUCUUCAACUUUGACUACCCUCCCGCAUUCUUCAACUUUCUUGCCAUAUCUUCCACCAAAGUCAAGAACACGGUACACAAAGGUAAAAGCUAUGUCAACUGAUACAGGACGCAGCCAACUGCCACCUUCUUCAGAAAAGAGGAAUCCACUUGAUGUUGUUUUGGAUGUUCCUCGGAAUAUUUGGAGGCAAACAUUACGUCCAUUGAAUGAUUUUGGGUUUGGUAGAAGAAGCAUUUGGGAAGGUGGGGUGGGGUUGUUUCUUGUGUCUGGUGCGGUGCUUCUUGCUCUUUGUGUGGCGUGGUUGAGGGGGUUUCAGAUGCGUUCUAAGUUCAGGAAGUAUCUGGCAGUGUUUGAAUUUGCUCAGGCCUCUGGUAUUUGCACUGGAACACCAGUAAGGAUUAGAGGCGUGACUGUUGGUAAUGUUGUCCGUGUUAAUCCCUCCUUGAAAAGUAUUGAAGCGGUUGUUGAGGUUGAAGAUGAUAAGAUAAUUAUACCUCAAAAUUCACUAGUUGAAGUGAACCAGUCUGGUCUUUUGAUGGAAACUUUGAUUGACAUUACACCUCGGAAUCCAAUUCCAACUCCUUCAGUGGGGCCUUUGGAUGCAGAUUGCGUUAAGGAAGGUCUAAUUGUAUGUGAUAGGCAAAAGAUAAAGGGGCAGCAAGGAGUAAGUUUGGACGCAUUGGUGGGUAUAUUCACCCGUAUUGCAUAUCAAAUGGAUGAAAUUGGUAUAGCCAACACUUACUCUCUUGCUGAACGAGUUUCUGCUGUUAUUCAGGAGGCAAAGCCUCUACUUUUAAAGGUCUGACCUGCCCUUCUGCCAAUUUUUAUGUUUGCUUGAUAAGAAUCCAUCAUUGAAAUCUCAGUUAACCUUUGAAAGAUUGAACCCAUUUAAUUGGGAUUAGCUUGAAAAUCCCUCCUAGGAUUACCACAUGGAAUUACCAGGUCAGAGUCAUAUGUCAUGUUUCAUAGAACUAGCAAAAACUUUCUCAAAGUAUUAUUGAUGAGAUCACUGAAUUGAAUCUUGACUCUAAAGGAUUUUUGUGAGACAGUUUUUUCUGCCGAUAAUCAGUGGCGUAUUAACCCUAGUUCAUCACCCUUUUGUGAGUAACUCUGUAUUUUAAACAUUUUGAUCUUUGCAUUCUGUCUAGUGGCAUUUCAGAUGGAAGCCAUGGCUGAAGAUGUUCAACCUUUGUUAGCUGAGGCUCAUGACAGUGGUCUGCUUAAGGAAGUAGAAAAUUUAACCCGAAGCCUAACACAAGCCUCAGAGGAUUUGAGAAGGGCACAUUCGUCUGUUAUGACCCCUGAGAACACUGAAUUGAUUCAAAAAUCAAUCUAUACCCUAAUUUUCACUUUGAAGAAUAUCGAGAAUAUAAGCUCGGAUGUGUUGGGAUUCACCGGUGAUGAGGCUACUAGACGGAAUCUUAAAUUGCUUAUCAAGUCUCUCAGCAGGCUAUUAUGAAGACAAAGGAAAAGGUCAGAGCAAGUGAUGAGGCAGUUGAUCAGUUUUUGUUUCAUAUUGUUUAGGUGGCAGAAACUCAAAUGUGGCUUCUCGGUUGGAACAAUUUUGCCAAGCAAAAUUAUAAUUAGGUAAUCAAUCACUAUUUUUUUUUUUUUUGACUUUUUCAUUUUGAGAUAUGUAAAUAGGACUUAAAAAAAAAAAAAUUCAUCCUCUCUUAUGUAAGUCAUUAUGACAUGUCCCAAAAACUCAAGGAAUGCUUAAAUGGAUAACCAAUUAAGCACUGACACAUCUCUUUCUUUUUUCUUUUUUCUUUUUUCCCUCUUGUGUUAUACACUUACUUCUAAGUCAAUCAUGAAAUGAGCCUGGCAUCUAUUACUCUCCCUUUUACCUUUUCCUGUUUCCUGCAAAAUUUUCAGCACCACCACAGUCCCCAUGUUCCUCUCUUAUGACUUGUUCUUUUCUUCUUCUUCGUUUCUCCAAUCUUCUUACAGAAAAAGUCUGUCUUUUUACCCUGGUGGGUUUUGUGCGUUCUCUUCUUCCCUUGUCCAGCUGUGUCUUACUUGUAAACACAACCAGAAUUUCAAAACAUUUGCUUUCCAUUCCCAUUUGGGGUUUUUGAGAGAAAUGGGAUUCCCAUAAAUGGUCCUUUUCUUG